AGUCGGCAUCUGAAAUGCCUCCGCACUACAGUCCGUUCAUGCUGAUCACCAACCUGCGCACCCACCUGUGUGUUUCCCUAGAGAAGAAUCCAUGGCUGCAGAAGCGCAUCGACGACCUGGAGGAGGAACGCAACUUCCUGCGCUGCCAGCUGGACCGCUUUGUCUCCUCCAUGAGGACCCCGGAGAGCAACCGUAAAGACUGGGGCAGUGGUGGGUGGUGGUGGGGAGCACUUUUCUACUGACUUCCCACUGGGCACAGACGUCAAUUCAACGUCUAUUUCAUGUUGGUUCAACAUAAUUUCAUAGGGUGUCAGGUAGCCUAGCGGUUAAGAGCAUUGGGGCAGUAACCGAAUGGUCGCUGGUUUGAAUCCCCGAGCCGACUAAGUGAAAAAUCUCUCAGAUGUGCCCUUGAGCAAGGCACUUAACUCUAAUUGCUCAUAUAAGUCACUCUGGAUAAGGGCAUAUGUGGAAACAAAGUUGAUUCAACCAGUGUGUGCCUAGUGGGUUAGUACUUGACUAUACGUUCCAACUUGUUGCCUCAAAAAUAUCUAGUCACACUUUCUAUUUAAUACACUGUUUGAGAACAUAAUACAGGUGAAUACAUUAUAUAGGCUGAUACAUGGAGAGAGGUGAAAUGGAGGUAGAGGAAAACAGAUGAGAAUUUCAAAAUUGGAACUCUGUUGAACUCUAUUAUCCUCUGCCCUCUAUUAGAUUGGUAUCCUGAAUCCCAGCACGCUAGUCUGAACUACACUACUCUGAAACCUCCACCAGAAAGAUCUCCAAGCCCUCCUCCUUCACCCAUGACCACCAGGUCUGGAAUGCUACGGAAACACGUCCAGAGCCAACUUCACACACGUAGCAGCAGAGUACCUGGUGAGAGGGAAGCAGAAUCAAUUUUGGGUGGGAUGGCUUUUUAGGAGUGGGAGAAUCAUACAGCUUAAGCUAGGCUUUAGUGUCAAACGUCAUCAAGUGUCUUGAAGUGUAUGUGGAUACAUUUUCUCACCGUGUCCCCCCCUUUCUCCAGUAAAACAGGAGGUGCGGGUGAUAGAAGAAGAUAAGUACUUUGAGGAAGACAGUUAUUUAGAGGAAGUGGAAGAGGAGGACGAUUCAUCGGAUGAGAUGUCGUCCAAGAAAAAGGGAUCCAAGAAUGGUGGGGAGCCAAGAAUGAAAAUGAGACGGGUCUUCCGGAUCACUCGAGGCAAGGAAAGACAAAGAGGUAACCAAGUCAUAGUUUAUUGCUCUAUUAUUUCCAAUGCCCAGUGCAUUUGUGUCAGCUGCGUCAUAAUAUUCAAUUGUAUGUUUGAAAAAUGAGUUUCCUUGUUAUCACACUUUUGGGGGAAAUCCCUAUUAACUGCUAACUAAAAUGGCUCCUCUCUCCUUCAGUGAAAGACCCUGACGGUGUGCUCCAUCGGUACCAGAAGAUCCUCCUCACUUACCAGCGCCUGAGGAGCAUGUCCAAGACCUUCCAGGUCCACCGGGUGGACCGCAACACUAUGGCCUCCACCUCCCCCAUCGCCGAGCUGCUGCUGGUGGCCCCAGAGAAGGUAGCCGAGGUGGGCGAGUUUGAGUCUUCUAAGGAGAAGCUCCUGGACUAUGCCCGCCGCUGCUACAAGGCCCUGGACGAGCCCAUGCACACCAAAGUGGCAGCCAUGAAGAAGAACCACCUGCUUCUGCCCAUCUCCUACAGGUUCAGAAAC